AUGACAUUUAGUAGUGAAGCAGUAGUCCGUAGUUAUUGGGAGAGUUUCCUAGAAGUACGUCGAAGCAUUGCAAUAGCAAAACAUUUACGUGAUAUUGGUGAUAAUUACCGUGGAGCUUAUUUACAUUCUAAUGAUAUUUCAGAUCGUACAGUAUCACCGUCAAUAGUUGAACAUCUUGGUCCAGGUUCCAGUUGGUUACGUCCACAAUGGCCACUUUCACCAGCUCUAGGUGGACCAUAUGUAGCGGUUCAUUGGCGUCGUGGAGAUUUUGUUACUACAACAGCCCAACAAAUUCUAAAUGCUGUCAAGAUAUUUAAUCAGUAUGAAGAUCAUAAAAUCGAUACAAUUUAUCUAGCCACAGAUGCUAAUAAAGAAGUUAGAGGUGGUCAUAAUAGUAGUAGCAUACCGAAAAUGAAGCCUCCAUCUAUUAACAAUGCAAAAUCAACUUGUGUUUUUUGUUUAUAUCACUUGGGAAAAACGACUUCACCGUAA